AUGAAAUUCUCGGCUCUGAUCUUUAUUGUGGCACUGGCUACGGUAUCCUCAUUACCGUAUCCCUAUGUCAAUCCUUAUCCGUAUUCUUAUGGAAGCUACAGCGAUUAUGGCUACAGUAAUUCGGCCGGUUACAAUGGUUUGGGAGGACUGUGGAGAGGGAACGAAGUUGGAAUGAUCGGGAAUCCAGACGGCAUAGCUGGGGCAUGGCUAAUUUGUGGAAGCUCCAAUUGUGGGAGGAAUGGAAAAUGA